GUCGUUCUUGGUCGCUUGGUGCCCAGUGUCUUGACAUCUUGGAACCCGACUUGGUGGAAGGCUUGACUUCUCCUAGUGCAACGCCUCGUCAAUAAGGGUUGCCUUUUGUUCCACACUUCAAGUUGAGCAUCGACACACCACCGCCGAUACCCCACAGCAACCGCCAAAACAAUGGGUUUCAGCUGGCGAGGCAGGUCUGAGGCCCGCCCCGUCGAGCCCGUGGACUCGGCCGAGGCCACGGGCUACGAGGUGGGCGGCGCCGAUGCCGACCAGCACAUGAAGAGGCUCAAGGACCAGCACAGGUUCGACCCCUUCAUGGACAUUUCCAAGCUCGAUGCUAUCGACAAUGUGCUUGAGUCUGGAGACAUGGAGAAGGAGGCCGUCGUGGAGGAGCAACUUAUUGGGGAGGACUCCCCGUACGCUGAAGUCCGAGCCUCAGUCUCCCCCGGCGAUGACCCUGAACUUCCCGUCGACACGAUCCGUGCCUGGACCAUCGGUUUCGUCACCUGCACUCUCGUUGCCGCCAUGAACAUCCUGCUGAACAACCACUACCUCGGUGUUUCCAUCACCACGCCCGUCGUCCAGCUGAUUUCCUACCCCAUGGGUGUUGCCUGGGCCAACUAUGUGCCCGCCAAGGCCUUCACCAUCUUCGGCAGGGAGGUCUCCCUCAACCCCGGCCCCUUCAACAAGAAGGAGCACACCAUCAUCACUGUCAUGACCGCUGCCGGCGCUGGCUUUAGUUACGCCUUCGACAUCCUCCUUGCGCAGCAGGUCUACUACAAGCAGUACUGGGGCUGGGGCUUCCAGCUGCUGCUGGUCUUCUCCACCCAGGCCAUGGGCUUUGGUAUUGCCGGCAUGCUGCGUCGCUUCCUCGUGUGGCCCGCUGCCAUGGUGUGGCCCGGCCUGGCCCUCAUCUUCUGCACCGUCAUGGACAGCCUGCACAACCACGCGCCGUCUGACCCUUCCAAGACCAACGGAUGGAAGAUUGGUCGCUACUACUUCUUCAUGCUCGUCUCCGGGCUCACCUUCGCCUACGAGUGGAUUCCCAACGUCAUGGCCAACUUCCUGACCUACCUUGGAACAUUCCCCACCUGGAUCGCCCCCAACAACGUGGCCGUCAACCAGGCUUUUGGCGGCGUGACUGGAAUCGGCAUCCUGCCCAUCUCGCUCGACUGGUCUGGCGUGGCCAGUUGGUUCGGCAACCCAAUCCAAACACCGGGCUUUGCCCUGCUCAACAUGCUGGCCGGAGGUAUCUUCUUCCUCUUCGUCACGGUGCUCAUCUACUUCACCGGUCCUUCGUACAACCAGUACCUCCCCAUGGUGGAGAAUGCCAACUUCGACCGAUUCGCCCAGAACUACAACACCACGCGCAUCCUGAACCCUGACACCACCAUCAACGAGGAGGCAUACAAGGCCUACUCGCCACUGAUCCUCCCGGCUGCGUUCGGCCUGUCCUAUGCUAUGGGCUUCGCGACCCUGGCCAGCAACGUCAGCCACGUCAUCUGGUUCUACGGAAGGGACAUUGUCCGCCGUGUCAAGGACUCCAAGUACGAGGAGCCCGACGUCCACCUGAAGCUCAUGAGGAAGUACCCCGAGGUGCCCGAGUGGUGGUACUCGAUCGUCUUCCUGGUCAUGUUCGCCUUUGGAAUGCUUGCCAGCCAGCUCUGGACGACACAUCUCACGUGGUGGGCGUACAUCAUCUGCAUUGCCGUCGGUGCUUUCUUCGUCUUGCCAGUCGGUAUCAUCCAGGCCAUAACCAAUCAGCAGACUGGUCUGAAUAUUAUCACUGAGAUGAUUGUCGGCUACAUGCUGCCCGGAAAGCCAAUCGCUAUGAUGAUGUUCAGGGGCUACAUGCUUUCAUAUAACUCUCUUACCUACGUUCAGGACAUGAAGAUCGGCCACUACAUGAAAAUCCCCCCUCGUUCCCUGUUCAGGGCUCAGCUCUUCGCUGUGCUGUGGCUAUCAGUCGUUCAGACAGCCACCUUCAACUGGAUGUUCGCAUACCUGCCGGAGGUCUGCACCAAGGCCCAGCCCCAGGGUUUCACCUGCGCCGGUGCAAGGACCUUCUACAACGCCAGUGUCAUCUGGGGUGUCAUCGGUCCCGCUAGAAUGUUCGGCGCUGGAUCCAUGUACUCCUGGGCCAACUGGUUUUUCCUGAUCGGCUUCGCAUGCCCCAUCAUCCAGUACUACUUUGCCCGCAAGUACCCCAAGAGCAUCCUCCGCUACAUCUUCUUCCCGGCGCUGUUCGGGGUGUCGGGCAUGAUCCCGCCCGCCACCAUCUUCAACCUGCUGUGCUACCUGACCGUCGGAAUCAUCUUCAACGUGUUCAUCAGGCGGUACUACCAGGGCUGGUGGGAGCGCUACACGUACUCGCUCGCCGGCGCGCUCGACGUCGGCAACGCGCUCUGCCUCAUCCUGUACGCCCUCGCGCUGGGGCUCAGCGGCAGCAGCUUCCCCGCCUGGUGGGGCACCGAGGGUUUUGCCGAGACGCUGGAGCAGCAAUCCAUGGCCGUCUCCAAGACGCUCGCGGAGGGGGAGGUGCUGGCGCCGUGGAUCACGAGCUGGAACUAAGGGUUUUUUCCUUUUUGGGUGCGGUGCAACACUGGCA